AAAUACAAAAAUUAGCUCUUCCUGUCUGUGCCAGGGCGGCGCGUGGUCUACGCCGAGCGACAGAGACGCUCAGGCUGUGUUCUCAGGAUGACCGAGUGGGAGACAGCAGCACCAGCGGUGGCAGAGACCCCAGACAUCAAGCUCUUUGGGAAGUGGAGCACCGAUGAUGUGCAGAUCAACGACAUUUCCCUGCAGGAUUACAUUGCAGUGAAGGAGAAGUAUGCCAAGUACCUGCCUCACAGUGCAGGGCGGUAUGCCGCCAAACGCUUCCGCAAAGCUCAGUGUCCCAUUGUGGAGCACCUCACAAACUCCAUGAUGAUGCACGGCCGCAACAAUGGCAAGAAGCUCAUGACUGUGCGCAUCGUCAAGCAUGCCUUCGAGAUCAUACACCUGCUCACGGGCGAGAACCCUCUGCAGGUCCUGGUGAACGCCAUCAUCAACAGCGGUCCCCGGGAAGACUCCACACGCAUUGGGCGCGCCGGGACUGUGAGACGACAGGCUGUGGAUGUGUCCCCACUGCGCCGUGUGAAUCAGGCCAUCUGGCUGCUGUGCACAGGCGCUCGUGAGGCUGCCUUCCGGAACAUUAAGACCAUUGCUGAGUGCCUAGCAGAUGAGCUCAUCAAUGCUGCCAAGGGCUCCUCCAACUCCUAUGCCAUUAAGAAGGACGAGCUGGAGCGUGUGGCCAAGUCCAACCGCUGAUUUUCCCGGCUGCUGCCCAAUAAACCUGUCUGCCCUUUGGGGCAGCCCCCCCCCAAAAAAAAAAAAAUUAGCCGGGCGUGGUGUCACGCGCCUGUAAUACCAGCUGCUCGGGAAGCUGAGACAGGAGAAUCGCUUGAACCCGGGAGGCGGAAGUUGCAGUAAGCCAAGAUGGCAGCACUGCACUCCAGCCUGGGCGACAAAGCAAGACUCCGUCUCAAAAACAAAACAAAAAAAAGACUAUGCUACCAUCCAGAGAUAUAUGGUGUCUGAUACAGUAGCCACUAGCCACAUGUGGCAAUUUAAAUUCAAAUUAAUUAAAAAUAAAUAAAAUUUAAAAUUCA